AUGGAUGAAUCUGGCCUUUUCUACAGAUCAACUGUGAGCAAGAGUUUUCAUGUUAAGGGUGAGACAUGUAGCGGCGGGAAGAUGUCCAAAGCAAGAUUGACAGUGUCGUUCUGUGCCAGCAUGACAGGAGAAAAAGAAUCUAUAGUUGUCAUUGGGAAAAGUGCUAACCCAAGAUGUUUCAAGAAAGUUCCCCCUAGCUCCCUUCCAGUCCAUUACUACAGCAACAAGAAGGCAUGGAUGACGAGCAACAUCUUUGAAGACUGGGUGAAGAAAUUCGACCGUAAGAUGAGGAGACAAGGACGCAAGGUUUUGUUAUUCCUAGAUAAUGCACCGUCACAUCCAAAGCUAACUCUGAACAAUGUCACACUGAAAUUUUUGCCGCCCAACACAACAUCUAAGAGUCAGCCUAUGGAUCAAGGGAUAAUCCAAGCCGUCAAGCUGAAAUACAGGAAGCGACAACUUCAACACAUCCUAACAAACAUGGCCCGUCACAAGAUAAUGACAGGAUCACAGUUGCUGAAACAGAUUUCCAUCUUAGAUGCCAUCUACUGGGUGAACCGUGCCUGGAACCAGGUUGAAACCGACACCAUUGUCAAGUGCUUCUCUGCCGCUGGGUUUACGACACCAGAACCAGUCCCCGAUCAGCUAGAGGAUGAUGAAGAAGAUGAGGAAACAGAGGAGGACAAUGUGCCACUUGAAGUUAUCAGACUAUCUAUGGACUUGUUUGGUGUUGGUUUCUUAGAACUUGCAGACAUCGAUAGGAAGGUUAGUACAUGUGACACAGAGGCAAAAGACUGGACCGCAAACUCCAAAGACCUUCUUAGCGACAUACAGGCCACUGAUGCAGAGGAUGAUGAUGACAUUGAAGAGGAAGAGGAGUGUGUUGAAGACUCAACCCUGACCACAACUUUGUCAGAAGUACAAGCCAUGGUGGCAGACUGCGAGACUAUGCACUCCAGACCGGCAAUGCAGGGGCUUUGA